AUGUCCGCUGCUGGGAAAGAGACUGAUAAAGAGGAUGUGCCAGAUAUCGAAACCGCAGCCGAAUCAAUCAUCUCGACCCUCUCCGCCUCCUCCCAACAUACCACAUUCAUCCGCUUACUCCAGCGCUCCAAGAGCGUACCCAUGCUGGCUCAUAUUGGCAACGCCACAGUGUUUGCGCCGACGGACCAAGCGUGGAAGGAGUGGGCUGAGCGGAAUAAGCCAAGCUCGAAGGCGUUUGAAGAGGAGGUUGACGAUCGGCCGGAUUUGAUUCAUGGCUGGCUGGGACCGGAAGGUUUGGACGACUGGUUUCAGGAUGAAGCGGAAGUUCUCUUGGCUCGGGUCGCAGCCAGUGGUAACCAUGAGGAAGAAGUCCGGGCGAUGGACAACCAGAAUUGGGCUCUGCGGCAGCAUCUCCUCUAUCACAUGCUCAACUAUACCCUCACACCGAAAUCGCUGUUGGCAUCCGAACAAGUCAACAAUGUGACGCUACAAACCACCCUGCUCUACCCUUUGGACGAAGAACCGCCUCUACCGCCUAUGCCCGAGCCCGGACCUCCUUGGCUGCCGCGUGGUGGUGAGGGCCUCCUAGGCGGGCACGGGCAGAGGCUUAGGCUUGCCAGAGUAGGAAGCGAAGAAGGGGGAAAGAGGGGCAAAAUUGGGGCUGAUUGGAAAGGCGAAGGUGGAGUAGGUGUUUGGGAUGGUAGUGGGUGGAAGGCUGGUAAUGAAAGCAAGCAUGAUGUGACGGGGGUCAAGUGGACGAGGAAUGGAGUGGUGGUGGGUAUCGAGGGUGUCUUGGACCCACCUCCCAGCAUUGAUGUAAUUAUCAGAUCUCAUCCAUCUCUCUCAUACCUGGCCAAGAUCCUGCCCCUGUCCAGCCCACCUGCUCCCCUCCCCGCUUCCUUUGCUACAACACCCCACCUGACUGUAUUUGCCCCAUCAAACGAAGCCUUCCUGUCCGCCUUUGAUGAUAUCGAAAGAGGAUACUUGGAAGGGCCUUAUGGCGAUGAAGGGGUUGGCAGGAUCGUUGGUCAGAAUGUCGUGCUUGGGCAAGAUGGAAAGGGCGUGGGGUGGAGUGAUUUGCUGGGCAAAGAGUCAGAUUUCGAAGCCGCUUGCGGUCUACACCUCAACGUCUCCUCUCCAUCCCGCAACGAAGUCCUCGUCAACGACACCAAAGCCGAAAUCAUCGACAUCUUUGCCUCCAACGGUGUCAUCCACAUCAUCCCCAACCUCAUCCUCCCCGCUGGAUUCGACCUGCUCAACUCGGCAGAAAAGAUGCUUCUUUCGCUCAACGCUACACGCUUUGUUUCACUGUUGCGCACGGCCAACCUGUCGGAUGCUUAUAUUGGAAAGGGCAGUGCGGAGAAGGGUGGGGAUUCGUAUACCAUCCUGGCGCCCACGGACGACGUCCUUGAUACGCUUGAUAAAUGGGGCGGCUUUAGUGCUGCGUCUUCAAACCAUAUUUUGGCGCACGAGAUGACCUCUCCUGCCUCAAUGUCUCCCAUUGGCAACACUCCACUCAAGGACGUUUCGCCUCUCGCUGCUUUACUGCAAUACCACAUUUUACCCGGCAAGCUUUUGCCGCAAGAUCUCAAAGAUGGGCAGUUGUUACCGACCGAGAUGCGCACGAGCGCUUUGGGUGGGGAGAGGCAGAGGCUGAGAGUGGAGGUGGCUGAAAAGGACGGCAACAGUCAUAGUGAUUGGGAGACUGUUGGGGAGGGUAAAGUGAGGUUGGGCGGAGCGACCGUCAUUGGAAAGCCUGUAAAAUCUGGAAACAACAUGAUCUACCUCAUCUCCGGCCUACUCUCCACCCCCGACAACGUCCUCCAAACAGCCGUCUCAGACCUUGAACUAUCCACAUUUGUCGCAGCUCUCUACGCUGCAGACUUGGCCAAAACUACCAAACACUACCCCGCCACCACCUACCUCAUCCCUCAUAACGACGCCUUCAACCACCUCGGUCUGACCAUGAAGUGGCUCCUCUUGCCUGAUGGGAAAGAUGAUCUUCGGAAGGUGAUCAAGUAUCAUGCUGUUGAUGGGCUUGUUUAUUCGCAAGAUGUGAAUGUUGGGAGACAAGUCUACAAGACUGUUGAGGGUGGGGAUAUUGUCAUUGAGCGUGGUAAAGGCAGACACCGUGCUCUCACCGUAGGUUCGCCGAACAAGUGGCCCGGACACGAUUCGUCCGCUUCUCUCCCCUCCAACGGGGAGCUUUUCCCCGCCAAUAUCUCCACCUCUGACGCGCUCACCGAUACGGGCGUGAUCCACACUAUCGACCAGGUCGUCAUGCCCGCAGAUGUGGGUAUUACGAUCGCCAAAUUGGUCAAGGGGUCAAAGCAGAGUACGAUGGCGGAUCUGAUGAACCACGCGGGCCUUGGGUGGGUUUUGGAAGGGAGGGAGCCGACCUAUACUGUGCUUGUCCCAACAGACAAGGCAUUCGGCAGACUCAACCUCACAUACUAUACCAACAACCCUCCCGCCCUUCUCGACCUUCUCAAACUGCACAUCAUCCCUUCUCAGACCCAGCUCCCAUCCUCAUCCUCAUCCUCCCCUCUUCCCCCACCCCCAGAAACCAUCCCGCAAGAAGGUCAGCCUCUCUCGCUGACGGAUGAUACGGUAUACGGCACGCUCUUGUCAAGCCGUAGCAAGUUUGCGGAUUUGGCAUUCAGGAAUGCGGGGGAUGGGAGCUGGAUUGUGGGGAUUCAGAAUGCGAGGAAUGGGGCUGGGGGGGAUUCGGCCAGGGUGGGGGCUAGUGGGAGAGCUAGUGUGACGUGGAGGAAUCGGAGUGCGGCUUCGAAGGGCCAUAAAGACAAACAUGACGAAGAUGGAGAUGAUGAAGGCGGGGAUGGCGAUGAUGAGGAAUGGAAGAAGUUGUGGAGAGGCGGUAUGACGCUUGGAGGGGGUGUGCUCAUCAUCGACUCUGUUCUCGUCCCAUACGAGAUCAGCUGGUUCUCUCGAUGGGGUUUCUUGACGGUAACACUAUCCGGGAUCGGUAUCUUACUUCUCGCCACAGCUGGAAGCAUCGGCUACUGGUUCUGGACCCGCGAGAAGGAAGGUUACGAGCCCAUCCUGGUGGAAGAAGAAGGCGAAGGCGAGGAGCAAGUGUAA